ACUCCAAUCUUCACUACCAACAACCAACCAACCAUCCAACCACUCUUUUCUCCUCACUUCUUCAAAAUGCUCUUCAAGUCCAUCACCGCUGCUGCCAUCAUGGCCGCUACCGUCUCCGGCGCUGCUGUUGUCAAGCGCGACGACCCUGAUUGGACCAUCCGCGAUGCCAGCCGCGACUGCGCUGCUGACGACUCCAGCUGCACCUGGCAGUUCACCAUCGACAACAACCUCGGCGAUUCUACCUACUGCCGCUUCGUCACUACCCCCCGCGAUGGUCAGGGUGCUGCUCGCUCCAACGGCGGCCCCUCCGACUGCGGCGUCUACAAGGGCAUCCAGUCCGGCUGGAGCCGCCAGUUUGGCGACGACAAGGGCUUCACCACCUUUGGUGCCAACAACUACGACCGUGGUGUUAUCGGUUUCUUCUCCUUCACUGAUGCUGAGGUUGCCAAUGGUCAGCACGUUGGUGCUCGCCAGGCUCACGUCCAGCGCAUCUAAGAGUGCUCGGAUAUCCUCCUUUUUGCGCUGCAUAACUGGUGCAACGAAUCUACGACCCUACAUUAAUCUUUAAUCGUAUAUAAUUCGAAUAAAUAUUUCCUCAUAUUCACAAUUACCUUACAUGUCUUGCUCUGUUCUCUCUUCCUCUUACCUCGGGUACGGUGUCACAGCCAAUAAAAUGGGCUUUUUGUCGCAGCGCCAUGCUAAGGCAACUGGAUAUCGCAUUUCAGCGCAUCAA